AUGGUUAGCGAAAUCAGCGCCGACAAUCUUCCCGGGAUUCUUAUCCCGUACAGCCAGAUCGGAUCCGUCGUGCCGCCGUCGGCCGGACAUCCCACGACGUUCAGCGAUCUUUUGGAACGAGACGAGCAACGUAGCCGCCUAGCCGAGGUGCAGAAGGCAUUCAAUGCUGUGAUUCUUGAGGCAAUUUCCAGGGGAGUCGACGUUUCAAAUCUGCUGCGAAGCCCAGUCGAAGCACAAUGCGAAUUAGCUCUGGAACUUUUAUCAAACGGGAAUCAUCCCAAAGGACUUAUAGCAGUGUUUCGUGACUUGGCGGAAGUUGAAGAGGACGACUCCAAAAUUACUGUCCUCGCACAUACAAGGCUGUUAGAACUGAAGAAAAAAAUGGAAGAGACAUUACCCGAUACUCACUUUAUAAGACUAGAGCCAUCGUCUGCUGAUUCUUCGAGGACGGAUGGGGGAUCUGAGAAUGAAGAAAAAUUAGCACCAUUCAGGGAAAAAAUUCUAGGCUUAGUGAGUUCACUAGUCGAUGAUAGUCUCAGUACUGAACCUGAUCAAGGAAAGGGACGGAAGAAGACUGUACAGGAAGUUUUUCUCGAGCACAUCACUCAUUUAAGAAUAUGUAUAGAACACGAUCGAGCUUACAAAGUCAACGCUAAACAAAUAGAAGAAGCAUCUAAAAAUAUUUUGAGCACCGUGAAGGAAAAUUACGAGAACCGAACUCGACAUCCUCCGGUGUUAAUAUACGGGCCCGACGCUUCCGGAAAGACCACUUUGUUGACGCACUUGUACACAAAAUGCGAGGAAAUUUUCUCGAAGCCAGUUCUAAGGAUAAUAAGGUUUUCCGCUUCGACGCCGCGAUCGGCCUACAACUUGGAACUUUUAAGAGUCAUGUGCCAACAAAUAUCAAUAAUCUUGAACAUUCCCGAAGGCUAUUUACCUAAAGACGCCAGCUUUGAUCCUCUGUACAUUAAUAACUGGUUUCAAAGUCUAUUGCGGAGAUGCGAAGAGAUGGAAAAUGAAAUAUUGUUUAUAUUUAUUGAUAACGUUCACAGAGUCAAUCCUUUAGAGUGCGAUAUAGUAACAGGGCUGUCGUGGCUACCGAUGUCUCUUCCAAGGAAUGUCUUCCUAGUAUGCACCAGUGCGAUGUCUUUAGAGCAAUUGCAAUUGACCCCGGCGCAAAAGGAAAAGUUCAAAGUUCAGAACUGCUAUUACUUUUUGGAUGCGAUCGAAGAAAGCCCGGAAAACAAAUGCUACGGAGACUACAUUGACGGUGCCUUCGAUAAUUUAGAAGUGGUCUUCGGUUCAAAGGCUUUUAGUAAAUUAGCAAGUUAUAUAACUUGUUCGGAGUUUGGCCUAACGGAAUUGGAACUUUUAGAACUUUUGAUGCCGACGAGCAAUAGCGAAGCCGUUAUAACAUUAAAAGAUGCAAAUUUUAACUUUUCGACGUUAUGUGUCGCCAAGUACAUGAUGAAGAAUCUCAUAACAGAGACAAUAGUGUCGGGACGUAGUACCUGGCGUUGGGCGGCGGCGGCGGCCGGUGCCCGGGCCCGACGCCGCUAUGUUCGCGUGCAGAGCGCUCUUCGGGACGCCCAUUCAGACCUUGCUGCACUACACUUCUCCUCCUUCCUCAACGACGCCGACGACACGGACACUUCAGAAGCACACGAGCUCGGUUGUGUAGACGAUGACGACGCUCUUCUAGAUUCGACGCCAUUCCAUUCGGCAAGUAGGACGGCGGCCGCUUUCACACAACGUCACGUAGAGGAGUCUUGGCUCCAUUUACUUUUGGCUGGGGACUUCUCUAAGCUGAAGGACCUAACCGUUUGCAACUUCGACUUUUUACUAGCGGCCGUCCAAACGGUGACAAUAUCGUAUUUACGCUGCAUACUCGAGCACGUGCGUUGUUACAUACUGGACAGAGACGUGGAACUCGUCUACGGAGCAGUGAAGAAGUCCAGUGAUAUAUUAACACGGGAUCCUAUGCAGUUGGGAGCGCAGAUAAUAGCUUGGUUGCGGCCGGCAGUGGCUCGACGCGGUGUGCUCGCCACACUCGUGACAGCUGCGAUGGCUUGGUGCGAUGGAUACGAUAAGCCUCUACUCGUCCCUCUAAACGGCUGGCUUCACCCUCCUAUAGCAUCGACAGUCCGUGUCGUAUCAGUGGGGGGUUCGAAUCCUGGUGCUGGAACAAGACUCCUCCAGCUGGCUCCCUCGGGACAGCAUCUGGUACUCGCACCGUCGGCUGGAGAUCCUCAACUUUGGCACAUCAUGUCAAAUUCAAAGGUGCACACUUUCAAAGGACAUUCGGGCAGAAUUCUCUGUAUGUGUGUGACCAGAGAAUCACAAUAUCUACUCACAGGCUCUGAAGAUACAAGCGUCAUCGUCUGGGACUUACACACUUUAGCAGUUAAAACCAAAAUAUUAGAGCACAUCGCACCUGUACUGUGCGUCGCAGCGAUUGUGAAUCGUUCGCUGGUGAUCAGCGGUGGAGACGAUUCCGCUGUUAUAAUCACAUCUCUAGUGGACGGUGCCUUGGUAACAAAACUAGAUCACCACAGAGGAUCAGUGACAUCUGUGAAAGUUAUUCAAGAUGGUAAUAUAUUUAUAACCGGAUCCCAAGACGGCACUGUCUGUACCUGGAAUGUAGAGAAUUUCACCUUGCUAUCAACUGUCACUGCUGGAGUGCCCAUUCAUAUCUUCGAUGUCACCGACGACAAUGUCUUUCUACUCACACUGCAAGGGGACAACGAACUGCAUCUUAGGACGUUCAUAACGGGAACUUAUUUACAUCCUUUGAAAAGGCACAAAGCCAAGGUAAAGUGCUUCUGUGUUGCUCAUGACUCGUCCCGGGUAGCGGUCGGUUGCGCCGACCAACGCAUAUAUUUAUAUAGCUUACACAGCGCCCAACUGCUCCGGACAUUGGCUGUGGCACACGACUUAGCAGCAUUAGCUGUUGCCGAUCGAGACCAUUUCUUAUUGGCUGCUGGUGGAAAUAGAGUUACGAUAUACUCAUUUCAUACCGAAGACAACCUGACUAAUUUCAGACCAACAAAACAAAUGAAGAGACGUCAAACUAAAUCCACCACAAAUAUUACUUUGCUUCAGGCUGAGCAAAGCGACUUGAUACCAAUAAGCUGCCUUGAAGUAUCCCGAGACGGACAGCUUGGCGCCAGUGGAUGCGCUCGUGGCCUUGUCAGAGUCUGGCAACUCUCAACACACAGAUUACAAGCAACACUGAACGGCCAUAUUGGUCAUAUAACUUGUGUCACCUUUUCACCAAACAAUCUAUUGGUACUGAGUGGAUCUGAAGACCGAACUGUGGUUGUUUGGCAGCUUGCGGAUAAUUCUCCUUCACUGACAUAUAAGGGACAUAGCUCAGCAAUUCAAACCCUGCUGAUGAUGUCGGACGGGCGCCGUGCAAUGUCAAGUGACAGGGCUCGUAAUGUCCACGUCUGGCUCGUCGACUCUGGUAUAGUUCUACAUUCUGCAACCGGACCGUCAGCUAGUAUUGACGUCACUUUAAAUAUGAAGUAUGCUGUUUUAUCGGACGGUGAUAAUUCAGUGCGGAUCUGGUCUCUGGCUGGAGGUGAUAAUUCAGAAGACAACAGACGUUCAGUAUCGCACGCCGAACGAAUCACCUGUUUCGCUUUGACCGCGGACUCACAACACGUCGUUACUGGAUCGAUGGAUAUGUCACUGAAAGUUUGGAAAUUGGAUGGAGGGAAAUUGUCGCAGGUAUUAGUCGGCCACUCAGACAUAGUUACGUGCGUAGCAGUAUCAAUAACGAACAAAACACAAGUUGUAUCCGGCUCCUGGGACUGCAACCUUAUUGUGUGGGACAUAAAUACUGGUUCUGAUCUGCAUUUGUUAUCUGGACAUCUUGGGAAAGUGACUUGCGUCAAAGUAACCGGGGACGGUACGAUUGCGGUAUCCUGCGCUGAAGACAAGACUCUUAUAAUAUGGGAAACUAAAAGAGGUCUUGCUUUGACAUCAUUUUCAUUACAUGUCCCUUUACUCGGAUUUCAAAUAACAAGCGACUGCGCGAGAGUUGUAGUUCAUCUUUUGGAUAGAGGUUGUCUACCAAUUAUAUGUUUGCACAACACACCGGCAACUUACGUUAAAAUACCAACAUAUACAGCGCCAACCAAAGACGUGGAUGAAUUACGUCCGUUGGCACCUAAAAGACCUAUGAGAAGGCUACUGAAAAAGGAGGUAUCACUUGAUACGUACACGUGGCAGAAGAAAUACGGACAUCUCACUUCUGCGGCUAUGAUGGCUCAAGUAGAUGAACGAUUAAAAAGAAGAUUCUCAGUAUCUGCCUCUAUGGAAGAAAUAUCCAAAAUACAGGAGGCCAAGAAUAAGGAUUUGGGUUCACAGGUGAGUCUUGGUCCUGAGGAAGCAGCAAUUGCUCAAUCGCAACAUUUCGAUCAACUAGAAGCUUUGUGGAACAAGAUAUCACCUCCAAGACGUCGCUCAAAUAAGUCCUUAUCAAAGCAAAGUUCAUUGAUCGAAAGAUUUGACUCUUCGGAUGAAGAACAUACCCCUGUCGAAGAACAAGAACAUAUGGUUGAGUAAGUUAUUGGAAGCGUCUAAUGUUUUUUUGAAUUCUAGAAUUAUUUUUACCUCAUUAGUGUUAACUUGUUGAAUAAGUUUUGUUCGUGAGCUGGUCUCGUGUUAAGAAAUUUGUUGAUUUAAAUUUCUUUGGUUACUGAUAUUGUAGCACUUACAAUAGUUUGAAUAUUUCAUUUAAUAAUAAUAUCUUUAUGGCAUUAAAUUUUGUCUUUGAACUUCGUUUUUAAUGUUUAAUGUAUUAUCUCUAAUAGAAUACACUUAGAUAUCAAGCCUCUGCAAUGUGAUCUUCUAGAUGUAGCUCCUUAAUAUAUAAUUAAUCAUAAGGACCCGUUUUAUCAGAAUUGUAAAACAAUUUUUAUGUUUCAUUCACUGUUUGUAAUUUCUGCUUCGGUUUUAUGAAAUUAGUCAAAUCGAUUCAAGAACUUGUUUCUUUUGGAAAAGCCAAAAAACUUAUCCCGAUUUUAAGUUUACAAAACUUUAAUAGUAUUUAAGACUUGAUGAUUGUAAGUGAAUCUUCUUAGCCUAUUUCUAAGAUCACAUCGAAUAAUUUGAUUUUCUCAGUUUUUGUUCUAUACUUUAAAUUGUGUUGUUAAUUAAAUUAAAUUUGAUAUAAAUACUUUCCCAAGAUCUCAGCCAAUAGCUGGUUUCAGUUCACGUUAGACUACGUAAAAAGCCUUAUCUGUAGAGAUUCACAAUGUUUUAUUAUUAAUAUGAAUU